CAAAAAAAAAAAAACCAAAUAAAACUUUGAACAAUAACAACUUUUGCUAACUAAUUAGCCAAAUCUGCUGAAAGUAAGCCACUAAUAAAAGGGGCAGCCCGGUACCAGCUGAUCUCCGGCCGAGAAGCGCCCAAGGAACCACUUAUUUGACGCAGAAAACCACCCCCGACACCGGCAUGUCCCAUCAACACCACCCACGCAGCCUUCCGCCCAUAAAUGGACUACUGCCGGCCAGCGGCGGCUCCUCCCGCCUGGCCCUGUGCCUGAUCCACUUCGUGCUGGCCGUCAGCUCGGGCUGGGGCCUGAAACAGAGCACCGGACGCCAAGCGCUGGCCGCUUUUGGGAUCUACUUUGGGCACAGUCUGCUCUGCCUGCUGCGGCACACGCAUCCCAAUCCGGGCACGCUCCAGAGGCUGGUAUGCGACAAGUCGCGUAGAUACUCCUCCGUUCUGUUUGUCACCUUGGUGGUGGGUGAGCUUCAGGCUCUGAAUCCCGCCACCCGGCUGGGCGACUUCUUUGGCGCCGAUUGGGAGCGCCUGGCCUUUGGCCUGUGGAGCGGAGCCCUAGCCCUGGCCGUGGCCAGUCUAUGGCUGGGCGGUGGCAACAGCAACAGCAGUCGCAGUCCCCUUGGCGCUACCUUCGUCAAACUGGACGCCGCCCAGCUGGGCCUGUGCGUGCUCUGGAAUGUCCAUUGUCUGUGGCGCAUAGCUGUCGUCGAUGAGCACUGGUGGUCGCUGGGUUUGGCACUGCUCGUCCUGCUUAACCACUUUGUGCUGUGGCGGCUGCCGCUGCACUACAACAUCACCCAGCUGGAGGUGGCCACCGUGGGCAUGUGCUUCUCGGCCAUCUUUGCGCUGAAUGCCAUCCAGGAGCAGGUGGAUGCGGUGGCUAGCUGAGAGGAGCUGGUGCUGGAGUGGAGUCUGGAGUCUCUAGUCUAAGCGCAAAUUCAUAUUCUUCGUUCAGUAGUUGAACCUUAAGUUGUUGUUUUUUGAUACUUAAUAAAUUAUACAAAUUUA